AUGUCGAAGGUUGCUGAGCAUUUGAUCCACGCCGGAGGAAGGUCCUCGGAUGCUGCACGCUGGCAGUGCGUGGAUGUAAAUGCGCGAGGGAGUGGCGGAAGCGCUGGCAAAUCGACGGCCAAAAACAGAGUCGACUGCGGCUGUUUUGGGCAGCCCAUUUGCGCCGCGUCGCUGUGCGAUGUGUCCGUCGAAAUCCUUGUUCACAAGACCGGUCGCUAUCGGGAGGUCAUCUGGGCCGGAACAGCGCUCUUGACCCUGGGCACUGGCUUGUUUGUGAUGCUCGACAUUGACACCUCACUCGUCAAGAUUAUCGUCUUCGAAGUAAUCGGUGGGCUCGGUUUGUCCAUGCUGCUCUCCACGCCCAUGUUAGCCCUUCAGAAUAAUGUCAACCAGGUUGAUGUCGCGGUCGCCACCUCAACACUGGGCUUUAUUCGCAAUAUUUCUAUCUCCUUGUCGAUUGUGCUCGGUGGAGUAGUCUUCCAGGGCAGCAUGGCCACUCAGAAGUCAUCGCUCGUUGCCAGUGGCCUUAAUCAAACCUACCUCGACGCCUUUUCCGAUUAUGACGCCGCGGCAAACGUGGAGAUGAUUCCUACCAUUGAUGAUCCGGUGCAACACCAUGCGGUGCAGAGCGCUUUUGCCUGGAGUAUUCGCAAUAUGUUCAUUAUGUACACCGCUGCUGCCGGGAUUGGGCUGCUGGCCUCCCCUUUCGUCAAGCAUCGAUUCAUGAGCGCGGAGCACACGGAGACUAAGACAGGGAUCGAGAACAUGACGACCAUAAGAAGCAGUCCCAAGAAUGACAGGCGGAUUAGAUGUUAUCGAUCGUUUUGCUAA